AGACAAUGCCGAAUAUAGACGCUCUAGCUGUGUCCACCGAUAAUGAAAGAUAUUGGAGUGAAGAUUCUCAGACGGGACCAUCCAGUCCUACACUUAGUAACAACUCCUCAAUGACGUCCUCCUCUCCGACCCCGUCCUCUCAGAGCGAGUCUUCCCCCGACAUGUCCCCGGAGAAGUCCAGGUCCAGGUCCAGGAAACCUUACAGAAUGGCGUCAAGUUUUGAGCUGAGUGAUGAACAACCUGAACUGCUGCUUAGCAGGAGAGCAAGGCAGGAGGGGGAUUCGUAUAAAUCGUUGUUUGGUCCCCCUCCUCCUCGCUUCCCUAACAGGAGGAGUGUCAGCUGUGCCCCGCCCUCUGCUAACCAAAGACGAAGCCGUAAACCUCUGCCAGUAAAUCCACUGACAGGAGAUACACUGGGGACUAAGGGAGGUCUGGAUAUCCCAUCCGUUCCAGCUCCAUGUGUAGUUAUACCUAACUUCUCCAGGUUUAAGAGGCCCCCUCCAGGUGGAUACAGUUCUCAGCUUUGGUGAAAACCAAAUCUUAGGGAAGCUGUUGAGCCGGCUAACUCUAUACUGCUGAUGAUGAAAAAUACCAAAAAUACCAGAAAAUAUUAUAAAAUUUUGUCAUCUAUAAUAAACUAGAAUUUUUUAA